AUGAGGGCUAAGGACCGCUGCCAGGCCCUCCUCGUGUCCCUCGACGCGGCGCGACUGAACACCAGUUCGCCCGGCGCCUACAGCGCGUGGAUGUCGUGGUUUUGCAGACAAAGUCACUCCAAGGAGUGCGGCGCAAACUUUCCCGGCGAGGUGAUGGCGAGCGGGGCGGACUUUCAUACGAACAGCACGACGCGCUGCUGGGACGCCACGCGCGCCGUUCUGAGUCGAGCGCUCGCGCGCUGCGGCGGCGUCGACGAGAACGCGCCGCGCGCCCCGGGGCAGACGCCUACACCCGCGGGCGCGCCUGCCGCUUCCGGAACACGGGCGGCGGCCACGCCCCGGCGCCAGUCGCUGGGCGAGAUCGCGCCAAACGCGCGCGACGGCCGCACGACCGCGCCGAAGCGGUCUCAGGCCACCGCGACCGGCGCCCAGCGCCAGCAGCAACCUGUUGCCCGGGCGCCGGCCGCGUCGGCCGCGGGCGCGCCGCGGAGCGGAAGACCAGGGCUCGCCGUGAUCGCGCCGGUCCCGCCCGAGGCGCCGGGCGCCGCGCCGCUCGCGACGGCGUCGUCGGUCUGCGCGCCGCUCGAGGCCGCCGCCGCCUACGAAUUUGUGCUACACGCCCUGGAAAAACGCUGGAACGUGGGCCGCGCCGAAGCCGAGGCGCGGCGUUACUUUGUGAAUACGGGCUGGGCAAUGACGCGGUCGCAACUCGAGGAGAUCUUCGCGGACGCGGUGCCGAAUCAACGGAGGGUCACGAGACCAGCGGCCCGAGCCAUUCGAGCCGCGCGCAAGACCUACAAAGACCGCGCCGCGGCGUCGAACGGGUGGCUCCCGAUGCUUCCGUCCAACUUGCCCAUCGUCGACUUUCGACGAGCGCUUCUCGGCCUACGGCGAGACGUCGCCGCCGCCACGGCGGCCGCCGUGCUGGCGCGGCGCCAGCCUACGGACGGUCUGCCCACGGACGCGUUACUGAACGGGCGGACGCCGAUCCCCGUGGUCCAUAUCGUCGAGCUGGACCGCCUGCUGACCUCGUACGGGCUCUCCGCGAGCAAGGCGACGGCUGUCCUACGGGACAAGUGCGCGACGAAGGAGAUGAAGUUCUCGGGGUCGUGGGGACACCAGGCCCUGCGCGUCCUCGACUGUAUCCGGUCCCAGGCGCUCGGCAAGGUCGCCCGCCGGUGCGAGAACUUCUGCAUCAUCCACGACGGCGGCUCGACGACGGUCGCGAGCAAGGGUAUUGGCCUGAAGUUCACCGUCGUUUUGAUCUCCGGUCACCUGGCGGCGGGGAUGCCGCCCCGCUGCGCGAUGGCAUGGGCCGGUGACGCCGUGUCCCACGCGCUGGCGCUCGCCGCGCGGCUCAAGACGCACGUGCCGCGACACUUCCUACUUGCGAGGCCCGUCACGAAGCCGACGAACGUCUGGUUGUGUUUUGUGGCCCGAGGCGAGCUGGACACGGCCAUCGACGGGCGCCUCGCGUCGAGCAAGCGCAUGUCCGACGCUUCGCUGCUCUGGUGGUCUUUGCCAGACAACCACCCGCGGAAGGUCGCGGCGCGCGCGGAAGCCCAGGCCUCCGCGGACGCCGUCGAGCGAGAGCAGGCGGCCUACGACGCGGCCCUCGCGCGCGCGCGGGUCGACGAGGCCACGGCGACAAAGCUGGCGUCCGAGGCUCUGUUUCCAGAUGCGCCGGCCGCCCGCCAGACGGCGACGGCCGCGAUGCUCCUCGAGACCCACGUCAUGCGGCCGGGCUGCUUGGGCCUCGGCGCCACGACGCAGACCGUGCGCGCGGACUACCUCUCGCGGUCGCCGGGCGACGCGCUCGUCGUCGCGUGUCGCGACGCGGCGGAGCGCCUCGCGUGCCGACGCAUGGCGUCCCAGCGGAGCCUGCUGAAGCGCCCGGAGCUCUUCGCCGUGGGAGACCGCGGCCACCUAGAGCUGGAGAUCUCCACACACACCAUCAACGCGUUAGCGCGCGGCGCGGGCCUCGCGACCAUCGCCGCCGAGGCGCCGCCGCCGCGCGCCGCCACCCGAGUUUACGAUCCCAUGGCCUUUACACAGCUCUACUCGAACCCGCCGGCCGGUCGCGCCGCGCCCGCGCCCGCGCCCGCUCCUACGCCGCCGCCAGCUCCUGUUCCCGCGCCCGCGCCGCCACCAAUCGUCGAGCCGCCACCGCCGCCGCCAACGCCACCACCAGAGCCUAUCUACCAACGCCCAACGAAAUCCGGCCGCAUGGCUGGCUACAUACCAGCCGAUUAAACUGUUCUUGUGACG